AUGUCCAAGAUAAGCCGCUACCACAUCUCCAGGGCCAAUGGCUUGAAGGAUGGUCGGGAUGCCAACCGACUCCUCUUCAAUUCAGUGUUGUCGUCGGCAGCGGCAGCAUCUUCAUCCUCUCUACCCCUUGUGUGCGCUGUCCACUGCCGCAUCUUGAAGUCUGGCUCUCUGGAUGUUGUGUUCGCCACGGCGAUGGUCGACGCGUUCGGAAGAUGCUCCGAGCUUAGAACUGCGCGCAAGCUGUUUGACGAAAUGACACAUAGAGACAUUCCUGCCUGGAAUGCAAUGCUGUCUGGGUAUAAUCGUAAUGGAGAUCUGCAGCAGGCGUUGGCUCUGGUCCGGUUGAUGUUCCUGUCAGCCGUGCGCCCGAAUUCGGUAACGUGCUCCAUCCUUCUUCAGCUGUGCUCGAACCAUGGCGAUAAGUCCCUGGGAAGGUGCGUCCACGGCUACUUAUGGCGGCAUCCCGGUAUUGGAGAUAAUUUCUUGUAUAAUUCUCUUCUAGUGUACUACCAUAAUCUUGGUCAUGUUCACAUUGCGGAGAGUCUAUUCGAGGAGAUGGAAAGAAGAAAUAUCGUGACCUGGAAUGCAAUGAUGGCCGGAUAUAUAAUGAAUAAUCGCCCCAAGCAAGCUUUGGAAAUGUUUCACCACCUGAGACAAGAAGGACUGCGACUGGGUCUGGUUACCCUUGAGACAGCACUACACGCGUGUGCUCGUGUGGGAGAGGAGGCCAUGGUUGACGGACAGUUGAUCCAUACUCUUUUCGUUAGGAUGGGGAUUCCCGCGGAUGUCUACACUGAGAACUCACUCCUUCUCAUGUACUGUCAAUGUGGUUCACUGCACCUUGCGCAGCAUCUCUUUAAUAUGAUGGCGUCGAGAAAUAUUGUCUCUUGGAACAUCCUCAUGAAUGGAUAUGUCCGGAAGCCGCUUCCCGAGAGAGCUGUGACUCUAUUCAGAUCUGCCCUUUCCAUCCUGCCCAGGUUAAGCUCGGAUUUGAUGGUUGGUGCACUGCGAGCCGUCAAACAAUUGCACCCAUGCCCUGAAUUUGUUAUGUGUUACCAUGGUCUGGUCGUAGUCUUGGGUUUUACUUCAGAUGAGUUUGUCGCUAGUUCCCUUAUCUCUGCUUAUGGUGAGCACAUGGACGUUGCUAAUGCUAGAAGAUGUUUUGAUUAUGUUUUUCCCGGAAAUGGUACUACCGUGCUAUGGAAUACGCUGCUCUCGGUUUACUUGCACAGUGGAUAUCUGUUGGAGGCAGUGGAGAUACUUCCUUUAAUGCGAAAUGAGUGUGCUAUGGCAGAUGCUGUCACCCUCGUCAUUGCACUCUCUAUUUGUGCCCAGCUGCAGGACAUAAAGCUCGGCAAAGCUGUCCACGGAUAUGCAGUUCGAAACAAUUUUGAAGGGAAUAGUUUCGUCAUUUCAUCGUUGUUGGAGUUCUACAGUCGGUGUCUGUUAAUGAGCAAGGCAUGGUGGCUGUUUCUGAGGAUACCUUUGAGGACUACAACGGCUUGGAACACGAUGAUCUUUGGAUGUUCCCAGAAUGGAUCCCCAAGGGCGUCUUUGUUACUGUUCCAUAUGAUGCAGCAGCUAGAGGAUGUUAAAGUUGAUGCAACCACUGUAGUGGGAGUUGUUGAGGCCAUUGGACAGAGAGGAUAUGAGAGAGAAGGUGACUACAUCCACAGAUAUGCGAUUGAAAAGGGUUUUUUAAGUAAUGAGUUUGUGGCUAAUUCCCUGAUAUCGAUGUAUUGGCAAUUCGGCGAUCUUGGCAAGGCAAAUGAGGUGUUCAAUGGUGGGAGUGGACACAGCAGGGCAACAUGGAAUGCAAUGAUCGCCAAGUACUCAGAUCAUGGUUUUUCAGAAACAGCAGUAUCUGUUUUUCAUUUGAUGAAAGUCAACAACAUGCGCCCUGAUGAGAUUAACCUACUCUCUGUUCUCCUUGCAUGUGCUAAGUUGGCUUCCUUGCGCUGUGCCAUGUGGGUCCAUACAAACAUUAUGAAGGUUGGCUGUGAUUGCGAUGUCUUUGUCUCGACGUCAUUGUCAGACACAUAUGCAAAAUGUGGGGAGUUGCCUGUGGCCAGGCUAAUUUUUGAUGAUAUGAAACUUAGAACGACAGCUUCAUGGAAUUCCAUGAUUCGGGCCUAUGGAAUGCAUGGAGAUGUGGAGGAGGCGGGGAAGCUUUUUCACAAAAUGUUGUCUUGUGGUAUAGAACCUGAUUUCAUUACUUUUCUCGUUCUAAUCUCUUCUUGUGACCAUGCGGGAGAGGUAGAUAAAGGCCUGGGUUAUCACAACCUCAUGACCAAUGUUUACUCUUUGUCCCCAAAAAUGGAGCACUACUCAUGCAUCGUGGACCUCCUUGGACGCAAAGGAAUGAUCAAUGAGGCUUUUGAGUUUCUUCAGAAGAUUCCGCUUAUCCCUGGUACGUGUGCUUGGGGAUCCCUUCUAAUGGCUUGUCGUGCGGAGGGGAAGAUAGACAUUGCGCUGGCGGCUGCUAAAAGAUUGUUCAAGCUGGAUCCCUUCAGCUUUGGCUAUCAUACAUUACUGUGCAGCAUUUUAUCAGAGUCAGGUAGGAGGGUGGAUGCCUUUGAAAUUAAAAAUAAGCUCAGCCUUAUACCUCAGAAGAAUAGGAAUAUGCAAGGCUUGAGCAUAGUUGAGGUAUGA